CCAAACAAUUCCUUACUCAAACCUUAAAAAGAUUCAAUGAUCAAAUCAACUCCUUAUCAUCAGGAGAGCUGAUCUUGAAAGAAAAUUUGUUUGCACAGCUUCGUGCUGAAUUCAAGAAGUGGAAUGAUCAUCUUAAUCGUUUAAAGACAUCCUUUUCUAAUUCAAAAGCGGUGAGCCAGAAAAACAGAGGGAGGGAACUGCCCGGCUUCAGCAACUACAAAGUGUUUGAGACUGUCCUUCAGAAACAUGUGGCCAAACUAAACAAACCAGCCAAUGACUUACUCAGCAGUAUGAAAGACAUCAUCCUCGAACAUUUACUUGACGUGGUCAAUCAUUGUUUCCAGAACUACCCUGUCCUUAAAAACAUAACUGUGAGUAAAAUCAACAACAUUCUGUCAGGUCACCAAGAGAAGGCAGAACAGAGGAUCCUAGAGCAGUUUGAAAUGGAAAACUUGAUCUACACUCAAGAUCCCAUCUUCCUGAAGAUCUUGAGUGAGAUUACCAAUGAGCGGUUCUCAGAAGAACAGUUACCUAUGUUUGACAAAAAGUGCAAGUACAGUCAUAUGCUGGAGGCACAUUAUGAGAUUGUAGUGCAGAGGAUGGCUGACCAACUGCCCAUGAUGAUUUCCCUUUUCAUGCUGAAGGAAACUGCUGAGUUCUUGUCUACUGACAUUUUAGGUUUAUUGGACGGGGCAAAUGUGAGCGAGCUCCUCUUUGAGGACUCUGAUGUCAGCAAAAGACGCAAAGAUCUACGAGUCCGCUUGGAUCGUCUGAGUGCUGCUCAGGCAGCACUUACUGAAUUUAUUUGAGGGAUCUGUUGACUUUAGGAUAUUAUAUGAAAAUACAUUAAAUCUGCCAUAAUAAUAUUAUUUAAUAAUGUAUCUGACAACUGCUCUAUGGAGGUUUGGUAGAUUUGACAACAAUGUUUUGAUUCUUUGAUUCUUGAUAUAUUGCUAGAUUUUCAAUUUGUCAAACUUUCCUGUGACCAUUUCUAAAUUAAUAACUUUUAGCCUUGUAAUUGAAUUAAUCUGCAUCUCAUGAUUGUUUCCGUGUUGCUCACUAAUGCUGUACUUUGUAUCCAAGCCAAAUCUAGAGGGCAGAUACCUCCAGUUUGUUUUCUUAAAUCACUAAAAGCUUCAGUGCUUCAACUAUAUUGUGUGAUUUGUUAAAAAAUUAAAUAACGUUUUCUUUAAUGACUGACCUGCUUGUUUUUUUGUCAGAAUAAUAAAUGUAAAGCCAUUUGAAUCAAAUUG